AUGCGUGGUGAGCAAGGAGACUGUUGUAGCUGUCUUUUUUGUCUCCUGGUGCCACCACUAUGUCUGAUGUCUGCUUCCAUGUGGCAAGUGGCUCAGCAGUGUGACGUGAUGCAGUAUGGGAAGCUGGAGGAGUUUGUGACUCUGGUAACAGAGAUAGUUCCGGAGUUGCUGACCUUCAGGCAGAGGGUCCAACUUGUCCUGGGGCUGAGAGCGAGGGUGAGACAGGUGGAAGUGUUGAGGGUUGAGAGUGGUGUAGGGUCGGUGGUUGAAAUUCAGACCUUCGUUCGCCCCUAGCCCUGGGAUCUCACAGAAAAGGGAUGCUGACCAGAGAUCGCUCUCGUCACAAUUUCCUGAACACCUUGUAUUCACUCCUUAUCAGUUACAUAUUUGACUCCUCAGUUUGUCUCCUCAGUAUAUAAAUUGUUCAGGCAACCAUUAGGAAUGCAUACAUCUCCUGUUUCAGCUUGUUCUUGAAUUGUGUCGUGGUGUGGAGUCUAACCCAGCUGGCUACAAAACCAUCCAGCCUUCAUCUAGACAGAAUCCAUUCAUGCACAACGCAUAAACGGGUAUAUAAACUGUAAUAUGUGUAACACACACCAGUCUGUUAAAGGCAAGUCUGCUUUACCUAUUUGUAGUUGUUUACAGUUGUUUUGUGUGUGUGAUUACAUAUUCAGAGCAAAGACAAAGCAGUGGAGGCAUCAACGGAUAACGCUGUGGAGUUGGUCCAAACACUGCUAGAAGACCCAACAAAGAGGGAACACUUUCUUCAAGUGAGAUAAUACGUCUAGAUCAUUUGUGGAGCGAUAGGUAACGAUGCUUCGAGGGUGACUGUUGUCGAUGUGUGCCGGGGGUCCCUGGUUCAGUCCCUGGUUAUUCUCUCCCUCUCAGACGGCAUCUAUUCUCAACCUGACCCCUACUGACCUGGAGGAGCGUGAGCAGUCUGUCUCUGUCUCCGACCCUGAGCACCUGAAGACACUGCUGCAGCAUCAUAGACAUCUGGGGCACCUUAAAAAAGAUAAGGAUCCCUCAGGUGAUCUAUUUGAACUUCACUUCUGUGGUAAAUGUCUGUGGGGGAUUCUCCUGAAAGAGAACAGUGUUAGUAAACUGGUUGGAUUCUCUCUCUCUUUUCCAGAUCUUCUCUUCUAUGACUCUGAUACAUCCUGUCCACGUUGUCUCUCCUCGUUCCCUCACCGGAGUCUAAACCGACCCGGAGAGGGGGAGAAAAGGGCACGGUGAAGACCGAGAGUGAUGUGAGGACAAAAGGAGGGAAGAAAAAGGCUGAAAGACAGAAAGAACAGGAGCGUGGCGAGGAGGGACAGCAAGAAGUCAGUGGGGAAGACAAAGGUGAAUCCAGGUGAAAGCUAUGAUCCCUUAUUGAUGUCACUUGUUAAAUCCACUUCCAUCACUGUAGAUGAAGGGGAGGAGACAGGUUAAUGAAGGAUUUUUAAGCCUUGAGGCAAUUGAGACAUUUACAUUUUAGUCAUUUAGCAGAAGCUCUUAUCCAGAGCGACUUACAGUUAGUAAGUGCAUACAUUACUUUUUUAUUUUUUUCAUACUGGCCCCCCGUGGGAAUCGAACCCACAACCCUGGCGUUGCAAACGCCAUGCUCUACCAACUGAGCUACAUCCCUGCCGGCCAUUCCCUCCACUACCCUGGACGACGCUGGGUCAAUUGUGCACCGCCCCAUGGGUCUCCCGGUCGCGGCCGGCUACGACAGAGCCUGGAUUCGAACCAGAAUCUCUAGUGGCACAGCUAGCACUGCGAUGCAGUGCCUUAGACCACUGAGCAAUUCAAAGGGUGAAUGGGCACGCCUAAAGAUUGAAGUGCCUUUGAACAGGGUAUGGUAGUAGGUGCCAGGCGCACCAGUUUGUGUCAAGAAUGAAACUGUAUGCACUCACUAACUGUAAGUCGCUCUGGAUAAGAGCGUCUGCAAAAUGACUAAAAUGUAAAAUGUAAGAACUGCAACGCUGCUGGGUUUUUCACUCUCAACAGUUUCCUGUGUGUAUCAAGAAUGGUCCACCAACCAAUGGACAUCCAGCCAACUUGACACAACUGUGGGAAGCAUUGGAGUCAUCAUGGGCCAGCAUCCCUGUGGAAAGCUUUCAACACCUUGUAGAGUCCAUGCCCCGACGAAUUGAGGCUGUUCUGAGGGCAAAAGUGGGUGCGACUCAGUAUUAGGAAGGGGUUCUUCAUGUUUGGUAUACUGAGUUGGUGAAGUUUGGUAACUUUUUUGUGUAGCAGGGUCUGGGCGGUAGUCAAACCUAUCUUACAAUAACAUUGUAAAGUAAUUAUCCCACCUUUUUGUUGUCAUCGAAUUUCUCACUCUACUCCGUAACUCAAUUUAGUGGACAGUUUCUGUAACUGCACAACAGAUUUCUGCAUAGAUUAAAAAGAAAAUAAAAAUCAUUAUCUAUCGCCCCAUCAUCUGCUGACGACAAUCUGCAAUGGAACGUUAAACUCAACAGCCCUUAUUUCACUCUCCUGUGUUUUCUACCUCCAGGACAAGUUCAAGCCGAGCCCCCCCCCCCCCCCAGUCCCAGGGCCUCUCCUGCUCACAGUGCCAAUUCUUGGACAGGAGAUGGACCACCCUCUCCAAGAGCACAUCAGGAAGAACCAUCCGAAUAAGGACAGCAGGAUCCUGGGCUCUGGAGAAGCUGGAGCAGAGAACAACUCCCUGCCUGUCAGUGAGACAGAGAACUCCUCAGCCAAGACUAGACUAGGAAGAACAGGUACAUCUGCUCCCAGUGUGGGAAGGGUCACAAAAACUCAUCUGACCUGAGACGACAUGAAACAGUUCACUCUGAGGCAAAGCUGUUCCAUUGUGACCAGUGUAAGAAGAGAUUAAAAUCAAAUGUGGCUUUUAAACAGCACCGUCAAGUUAACACUGGAGAAAGGCCAUAUGUUUGCUCACAUUGGCAGGGGCUUUAGGACCACAGAAGUCUUAAAAUCACAUGUACGCACUCACACUGGGGAGCGACCUUUUGUCUGUUCCAUCUGUGGGUAGAGAUUUAACCAACAGCAAAUACUAGUAGGUCACCUCAGAUGGCAUAGAUGAGAGAAACUGUUCUUAUGUACCGGUUGUGGAAAUCAUUUUCGUACCUCAGGUGCCUUGUUGGUGCACUCACAAACACACACGGAUGAACGCCCCAAAAGCUGUGAGCAUUAUGGGAAGAGGUUUAGAAGAGCUUGCGAUCUCAAAAUACAUCGGCAGAUCCACACAGGCGAGCGGCCGUUCUCCUGCACAGAGUGUGACAAAUGCUUCCCCUCCCACAGCGACCUUAGCAGAUACAUGCAAAUUCAUACAGGAGAGAAACGUACCAGUGUAGAAUGUGAAAUAAGAGAUUAAUUGAAAGUGGCAACCUGAAAGUACACCAGCGGGUUCAUCGAGAAAAAGCCACAUUUACAGGUUUCAGUACAGCCCACCACCAGUCACCAAGUGUGGCAAGGGAAGGAAGGAUAAGGUUCCACCACUCCUCGUUGGACAUGAAUUACAGUAGCCACAGAGUAUCCAUGUUCUAAGAACAUACUGGAAAACGUCAUUUUCCGUUUAACGACAUUAUUGUUAUUUCAUAAUAAUCAUAAUAUGAUAUUUCUCGUAAUAAUAAGGUAAUUGGUUAUUUUGUUUCUCCAAGUGGCAGCUUUUCGACACCGUGUAUUAGGUAAUCACACAAACAUUCAUUGUAUCCUGCCCACUAACAGUCACCGAAAUGAAAGCUAGGCAGUCAGUCAGGGAGUGUCAAACGUUUGAAAACGGAUUGAUACAGGAGUACAGUGCUGUUGCCCUAGGUGUAUUGUGCUCUACAGGACUCUGGUGAAGAUAAAGGAAUGCUCGCUAGAACUAUAGUUUGUGACCAUGGUAAGUGACUUGACUAAACCACCUUAUCAUAUAUCUAUACAUCUUGUCUUAUCAAAUCAACAGGUACACCUGCUCCCAGGGUUUCAGAAACCACUGUGACCUGAGAUGACAUGAAAGUGUUCACUCUGAAGCAAGGCCCUUCCAUUACGACCAGUGUGAGAAGAGAUUCAAAACGGAGAUGACUCUAAAACGCCACCAGAAUUUCACAUUGGAGAAAGGCCAUAUGUUUGCUCCCAUUGUGGCAGGGGCUUUAGGACUAAAGCAGUUUUGCAAGCACAUGUACGCACUCACACCGGGGAGCGACCUUUUGUUUGUUCCAUCUGUGGUAAGGGAUUUACACAGUCAAAUAUACUGACAUUACACCUCAGGAUGCACAGAGGGGAGAAAACGUGCUUAUGUAGCGUUUGUGGAAUGGCCUUUUACACCUCGGGUCACUUAAUGGUACACAUGAGAAAACACACAGGUGAACGGCCCUACUGCUGUGAACAUUGUGGGAAGAGGUUCAGUGUACCAGGAAUGCUCACACAGCAUCUGCGGAGUCACACAGGCGAACGGCCAUACCACUGCAAACUGUGAAAAACGGUUCGCCUCCAACAGCAGCAUUAGAAACCACAUGAGAACUCAUACAGGGGAGAAACCUUUUCAGUGUAUAAAGUGCGGUAAGAAAUUCACUGAAAGCGGCAACCUGAAAAUACACCAGCGAGUUCGUCGAGAUUAA